AUGUCUUCAGAUAUUAUAACGACUUUGGAAAUAGAUAAAGAGAAUUCAUCUAGUAAAAUUUUCGUAGUAAAAGAAAUUAGUGGCUGUGAUAGUUCUUUUAUUAUAAGUUGUGUUUUAGGGCAUUUUGUUAAGAAUAGAUCUGCAGUUCUUAUAAUUUCUACACAUAACUCUAUUAAGCAUUACCAAAACGUCGGCUUGAAGAUGAAUUACAACCUUAUUAAAGGGGUGGAUGCUGGUCUUAUAAAUGUCUAUGAUGUGGGUAAUGAGUAUGUAGAUAAACUACUAAAGAAUGAACAUUUGUCACUUGAUAGCAUAUUUGAGAGUAUCAAAGAGAAAGUAGAACAAAUGCAACAUAAAUAUGAUAUGGUAAAUGUUAUUGUUGAUGGCAUAUCCCAUUUAUUAAAUAUGCAAUAUAAUGUAAGAGAUGUAAAUACAGUUUGUUCAAAUAUUAUUGAUUUAGUUAGGUGCUACAAAAAUUCAUUACUUUUCCUUCACUGUAAUGUAGCUAAUGAACUUGAUGUUACUCAUGUUGUAUCUAAUCUUUUAUGCCAUAAGGCACAUAUGGUUUUGGAAGUAGAAAAUCUCACAUCAGGCUGGAGUGCUGACGUUUCAGGACACUUGACAUUAAAAUAUCCAGGUCGUAAAUUUGAAGAUGAAUACAUGUUCUCAAUGGAUUUGAAACCAACUCAAUACCUUUUUAAGUUAUUUGAUCGUGGUGUUAAGUUGCUUGCACCUGGAACGGUUUAA